AUGGAGAUGUCUCCUGUCUCCUCUGCCAUCGAGUCAUCUGUCGUCGCAACAGCUGAUGGGACGACAACGACAACUGGGGAAUGUUCGUUGCUUUUCAAACCCAUGGAAUUUGUUUCCACUUCUUGUCCACCGGUUAGAAUGCUCCUCCAACCUCUCGAGAAGAAGCAAAAAUCGAUGAAAACCGUGUCAAAGACUCUCGUCAAAAAAGCGGAAACCGAAGAAUUUCCAAUUGUCCCAAAACAGCUUCAAUCGAGUACCAAACUCAAAACUUCGGACCAAAAAAUGGACCGUACCAAAUUUUCGGCUCAAUUCAAUCUCGGACGCCAGACUUUUAAUUUGUCGGGAAUUUUGAAUGGACCAUUGACGAAGAAGCCAAAUGUCUCCACUUUGGUUAUUAAUGGGAACUCGUAUUCGGUUUAG